AAUAAAAGGGGAGCGGCGAAGAGGCAGGAAGACAGGACCAUGUCGAAGGGCCCCGGGCCCGGCGGCUCCGCAGCUUCCUCGGCGCCCCCGGCCGCUACCGCUCAGGUGCUGCAGGCACAGCCCGAGAAACCGCAGCACUACACGUACGUAGAGCCCCCCCCGCCGCGCGCGCACGCCUGACGUCAGCGGCCAGCGUGAGUCACGCGCGCAGGGAGAGCGCGAGGCGGCCUCUCCCUCCCCCCCUUCCUCCUCCGGCCCGGCCCAGACCGGUUCCAACCUGCUGGGGCCGGUCCCAACCGCCUCUAACUGCCACCAACCCCUGGUCGGGCCGUGGGGCGGGAAGCUCGGUCCCCGCCGCUGAGCGGGGAAGGCGGGAGGGCGGGGUGCGGAGAGCACACAUCUCAGGCCAGGCCUUUGAGGCCUAACUGUUCCUCAGACCGUAAAACCACAGUCUCAGGCACUCGCGGGGGCGAUAAGAAGCCCAGGACACGGCCAGGACGAGUGCCCUGGGGGCCAGCCCUAGGGCCGCUGUGAAUGAAGGUUGGCGCGAGGUCCUGUCAGGCGCCCCGCGCACUCUACCCCGGAGGCCUUUUGUGUCCCCGAAGCCCGUGUGUUGCGUACGGCGGCCCCUCUUGCUGGAACUCGCGGGGACAGCUGACCCGGCCUGAGUCCGGGGCCACGAGGGCGACGGGGUUCGAGCGUGUCCCCAGCCCCAGCACUCCCACCGCAGGAGUCCAGCGAGAUGGGAACCUGCUGGUGUCUGAGCGGAGGUCCCCGUCUCCUCUUUAUGUCCUUUCAAAGCACGCUCAGCGACCACCUAGCGCUAGGUGCCUCGGAAGAAAGAGCUACAGAGGCGGGCCCUCCUGUUUAGCAAAAUGUUGGUUUCCAGUUUCCCUGAGUGCCUCCCAGGUGCUGUGUAUGUUUAGAAGGAUCCCCAGGUGGACCUGAGACUGGCUGGAGAUUUGGAACCUGGGGGUCGAAAAACCCUUAAGAGCCACACAGUAAUGCCGCCUGGUGAGCCGAGCGCAGGGAGCCCCUGUUGGAGUAGAAAGAAUUAAAACUAGACAGGAGGAGCUCCUGUUUGUCACUCACAGAACUAUGUUAGAUACUAAAGAAGGCUUCCCCACAAUCCAUUUGCAUCUGCUUUGACUGGUGGUUUCUAUCAACCUACAAAGACUGACUUAUUGGUGAGGGCAGCUGGACAACUCUGAGAGCAACUUAGAGAAAUCCAUCAUGGGCACACUCUAUAAAGGAGCUCCUUCUCUGGAAAUAGCACCCCAGAUAAGUGCACAAAAGCAAGACACCCUCGUGGACCUACUUCCUCCCGCUUUCAACACCCUGAUGCCUGAAGCUAUGCUUGAUACUAAAGGAGGUUUUCCCACAUUUGCAUCUUCUGUAUUUUGAAAUUGCAACUAUGGACAGUUGUGGCUAAUCCUAGUAGAUUGUCUUCCCUUCUUUUAACAUCUUGGAUGAAUUUGGGGCACACUAAUGUGUUAUGUGAAGAUGGAUGUUGAAUAUACUGUGUAGAUUCACCCCAGCCUGCCAUCUUAAAAUACCUGCAUGGGCCACAGAAUAUCUGCGGAGAAAGUUUGGGUACCUGAAGGAAUUCCGCACGGAGCAGUGCCCACUCUUUGUGCAACACAAAUGCACUCAGCACCGACCCUACACCUGCUUCCACUGGCACUUCGUGAACCAGCGACGUCGCCGGUCCAUCCGCCGUCGGGACGGCACCUUCAACUACAGCCCCGACGUCUACUGCACCAAGUACGACGAGGCUACGGGCCUCUGCCCGGAGGGCGACGAGUGCCCAUUCCUGCACAGGACCACAGGGGACACUGAGCGCAGGUACCACUUGCGUUACUACAAAACUGGAAUCUGUAUCCACGAGACAGACUCGAAAGGCAACUGCACCAAAAACGGCCUGCACUGCGCUUUCGCCCACGGGCCCCAUGACCUCCGCUCCCCUGUCUACGACAUCAGAGAGCUCCAGGCCAUGGAGGCCUUGCAGAACGGCCAGACCACAGUAGAGGGCAGCAUAGAGGGCCAGACGGCUGGGGCUGCAAGCCACGCCAUGAUAGAAAAAAUCCUCAGUGAGGAGCCUCGGUGGCAAGAAACUGCCUAUGUGCUGGGGAACUAUAAGACGGAGCCGUGCAAGAAGCCCCCGCGGUUGUGCCGCCAGGGUUAUGCCUGUCCCUACUACCACAACAGCAAGGACCGGCGGCGGAGCCCCCGGAAACACAAAUACAGGUCAUCUCCAUGUCCGAACGUGAAACACGGGGAUGAGUGGGGAGACCCCGGCAAGUGUGAGAAUGGAGAUGCCUGCCAGUACUGCCACACCCGCACGGAGCAGCAGUUCCACCCGGAGAUCUAUAAAUCCACCAAGUGCAACGACAUGCAGCAGUCGGGCAGCUGUCCCCGAGGACCUUUCUGCGCCUUUGCCCACGUAGAACAGCCACCCCUCAGUGACGACCUGCAACCUUCCUCAACUGUGUCCAGCCCCACUCAGCCGGGUCCUGUCUUGUACAUGCCAUCUGCUGCCGGAGACUCCGUGCCCGUGAGCCCCUCCAGCCCGCAUGCCCCUGACCUCAGCGCCCUCCUCUGUAGAAACAGCAACCUAGGCAGCCCAUCUAACCUCUGUGGCUCCCCCCCGGGCUCCAUCAGGAAGCCCCCGAACCUGGAAGGCAUUGUCUUCCCUGGGGAGUCUGGCCUUGCCCCUGGCAGCUAUAAGAAGGCUCCUGGCUUUGAGAGGGAAGACCAGGUGGGAGCCGAGUACCUGAAAAAUUUCAAAUGCCAGGCCAAGUUAAAACCCCACUCACUAGAGCCCAGGAGCCAAGAGCAGCCUCUGCUUCAGCCCAAACAGGACAUGCUGGGCAUCCUUCCCGUGGGCAGCCCCCUGACCUCAAGCAUCUCUUCUAGUAUCACCUCCAGCCUGGCAGCUACGCCCCCUAGCCCUGCUGGCACCAGCAGCGUCCCUGGCAUGAAUGCAAAUGCUCUGCCCUUCUAUCCCACCAGCGACACGGUAGAGUCAGUCAUAGAGUCUGCCCUGGAUGACCUGGACCUGAAUGAGUUUGGGGUGGCUGCCCUAGAGAAGACUUUUGAUAACACCACGGUGCCCCACCCAGGCAGCAUCACAAUUGGUGGCAGUUUGCUGCAGAGCUCUGCACCCGUGAAUAUCCCUGGCUCCUUGGGCAGUUCUGCUUCCUUCCACUCAGCAUCCCCGUCCCCUCCUGUCAGCCUCUCCUCGCAUUUCCUGCAGCAGCCCCAGGGCCACCUGAGCCAGUCCGAAAACACAUUUUUGGGGACCUCAGCAUCACAUGGAUCUUUGGGUCUGAAUGGGAUGAAUAGCAGCAUCUGGGAGCAUUUUGCCUCUGGUAGCUUCUCCCCAGGCACUUCUCCUGCCUUCCUGUCAGGGCCAGGGGCUGCUGAGCUGGCCCGGCUGCGGCAAGAGCUCGAAGAAGCCAACAGCACCAUCAAGCAGUGGGAGGAGUCCUGGAAGCAGGCUAAGCAGGCUUGUGAUGCCUGGAAGAAGGAGGCAGAGGAGGCCGGUGAGCGGGCCAGCGCAGCAGGUGCUGAGUGCGAGCUGGCCCGGGAGCAGCGGGAUGCACUGGAGGAGCAGGUUAAGAAGCUACAGGAAGAGCUGGAGCGGCUGCACUCAGGCCCUGACCCACAGGCCCUGCCCACCUUCUCCGACCUGGAGGCCCUCUCACUCUCCACCCUCUACUCCCUCCAGAAGCAGCUGCGGGCCCACCUGGAACAAGUGGACAAGGCCGUGUUCCACAUGCAGUCGGUGAAAUGCCUUAAGUGUCAGGAACAGAACCGAGCGGUGCUGCCGUGCCAACACGCCGUGCUGUGUGAGCUCUGUGCCGAGGGCAGCGAGUGCCCGGUCUGCCAGCCUGGCCGGGCCCACGCCCUCCAGUCGUGACCCCGCAGGCCUGGCCCUGGCCUGGCUCAGAUCUUCUUACCUAGGACUUUUUAAAGUAUAUAUAUAUGUAUGUAUGUAUGUAUGUAUGUAUAUGUAUAUGAUUCUGUAUAUGUAUACAUUUCUGUAUGUGUGUAGGUAUGCGUGGGCGGCAGUGUGUGAACAGUGUCUGUGUGUAUAUCUGUACAUAGAUAUAGACACACACUUUAAAACAGACUUACCAAGCACUUUUUAAAAGAAAAAACUAUUUUGCAGCCCUCCCCUUGCCCACUCCCUCCUUUUCCACUGCAGAGACAAAGUCCCCUCUUCGCCCACUGGGCUUCAGCAGGGGCUACGUUUCUGUCUCUUUUUAAAUGUAGGGAAACUAACUAGUUUUAACUUCUUCCUGGGGCCUGAGCGGGAAGCUGGAAGGGGCUGAGGGGAGGGACCAAGCCUUCAGGGCAGGCUCUGUUCACUGCACCUCCCCAGGCCAGGGAGAGAGCCAGGGAUGUGGACAUCCCCAGGGCAUACCUGGUUCCCAGCUGUGAGGCUUGAGGGGGAUGUGCUGGGGUCGAAGCCAGCCUAGCUCCUAGGUUUACCAAAUGUGUAUUUAGUCUGGGGCUGGCAGGCCAAAGCUGCAGGGGCCAGCCCCAUUCCCACCCCUGGGCCCUUGAAGCUCCUUGAGGGGCAAGGCCCAGGAGUUCUACCCCUCCGGUUCCUGAGGCCAGGGAUCCACCUCAGUCCUCUCCCUCUGGGCUCCCAAAAGCAGCCUCCCUGGCCCCAGGGCCACCUACCAGACUGGCACUGCCCUCUUCAUAACCCCCCAGCUGCUGUCAGCUUCCCCCCCCCCCCCCCCCAUAUCCUCCCUUCCCUCUGGCAGCUAGCAGGGCAAUUGGUGGGGAGGAGCUACGGACUGAGGACCAAGGUAGGGCUCAGGCCCUGCCCUCCUCACCGGGAGGGGCUCCGUAUGCAUUCCUUGGUGCUCUGAGUGCAGCUGACGUCCUGCCCAUUUGGAGCAGACGCCUGUGUACAUGUGUGUGCGUGCCUGUCCGAUGUAUAUUGUGUCUUAGCUUCCAUUUUAAAAAUUGUUCUGUACAGAAAGAUGCAGUGGGUGCGGGAGGGCAGAGCGGGUGGAGGGAAGCCACCCUGCUCCCAGCGCUGGGGGUCUGGGGUGGGAGCAAGAGGGCUGUGAAGGGUCUGGCCUGGACCAGGCUCUCCUUGGGCUCAGCACGAAAGGGCUUUCAAUGAAUUAAGUGAAAACUUUUUUUUUUUACGAAAAUGCAAAAAUCAACAAAGCUCCAAACCUAUUGGAAAUAAAAUAUGAACUUAACAGUG